AUUCGGUCUAACGGGAAGAUUAGGAAAAUUCAAGCUGCCGAUUGGUCGAGCCCGGAUUAUUAUGUUACUUAAUUUUGGAAUCGCGUUAGAGCAUUGACUUAGAGAAACCGUGAGAGGAAUCGUAAAGGUGCUUUCGUACGGCCAUCGUAAGGUUCACGUGCAUGUAGUCGCUCCAGUAAAACAGCCUUAAAUGUAUUCAAAAGUCGUCUGCUAUAAGUGGAAACCGGUAGGAUGUGUUUAUAGAUUAAUGAUAAAAACUGGAAGCGUUUAAAAUAUUUUGAAUAAGAAAAUGACGAUUUUGAGGAAUGCGCUACGUUGGAUAUCUAACAAGAAAUCUGUCAGAAUCGUAUGUCACGCAAGCGAGUGUUUGAUUUCAAGAAAUCGGAUAAACCGACUUAACCCUAAUGUUUGUCAAAAUUUUUCAAGUUAUUCCCCAAACGCUAACUCGGAAGAUCUGGUUUGUAAUGUGGGAACUAUAGGUCACGUCGAUCAUGGUAAAACGACGUUAACUGCCGCUAUAACUAAAUUUCUAUCCAAAGAAAAUAAAAGUUGUAAGUUCAUAACGUAUGAUCAAAUUGACCGAGCCCCUGAAGAAAAGGCUCGAGGAAUAACGAUUAAUGUUGCGCACGUUGGCUAUGCGACUAAAACGAGACGAUAUGCUCAUACCGAUUGCCCUGGGCAUAUCGAUUUUGUUAAAAAUAUGAUCAGCGGUGCAUCGCAGAUGGAUGCUGCGAUUCUUGUUGUUGCUGCUACGGAUGGUGCAAUGCCGCAGACAAGAGAACAUCUUCUUUUAGCAAAACAAAUUGGAAUAAAAUACAUUGUUGUUUUUGUCAAUAAGGUGGAUUUAAUGGAUGACGAAGUCAUAGAUCUUGUUGAAAUAGAAGUACGGGAAUUGUUAUCGAAUUUUGGAUACAAUGGGCUAAAAGCACCGGUAAUACGGGGAUCGGCAUUGCUUGCUUUAAAAGAAGAUACUUCUGAAUUUGGGAUGCCAUCCAUAAGAAAUCUUUUAGACGCUAUGGAUACGCAUAUUCCAUCCGUGACCAGAGACUAUACAUCACCAUUUUUAAUGCCAAUUGACAAUUUCUUUACUGUGCCAGGCAGAGGAACCGUUAUUGUUGGUACAAUAAAACGUGGAGUCAUUAAGAAGAAUGACAAUGCCGAACUUUUGGGUUUUGAUGAGAAAUUUAAGACUACCAUUUCAGAGAUACAGAUCUUUCAAAAAGUCGUGCCCCAGGCCCUCGCUGGUGAAAACGUUGGCAUUCUAGUAAGAGGUAUCAAAAUAGAUAAUGUUCAUAGAGGGAUGAUUCUGUGCUUGGCCAACUCGCAAAAAUUGAGUAAUCAUUAUGAAGCACAGAUGUAUUUGCUGUCAUCUGGAGAAGGUGGUCGGCAUAAGCCAUUGAGGCCUUCUGGAUACUGCCAGAUGUUAUAUAGCUCUACAUGGAGUAUUCUUUGUCGUUUGGAUCUGUUGUUACCACCUAAUGUAACGAUGUUAAUGCCUGGUGAACACACGAAGACGAGGUUGAGUCUAUUGAAAAAAAUGCCACUAAUGGAAGGACAAUCAUUUACGAUUCGAGAGAACCGAUGUACCGUGGCCACUGGUAUAGUCACAAAAGUCUUCCCAAGUAUACUCAUUGACAAGCGUAAAAUGAAUAAAGUGAUAAUCCCUGAUCUACAAAAGCCAGACAGUGAAUCGGUAGCUACUGGCUAAAAUUUACUAUCAAUGAUGUAUUUUUUAUUGUAAAUAAUAGCAAUUGAACAAAGAUAGCAGCUGUAAUUAAUUUCCAUUACACAAAAUAAGUAAUGAUCUUUAACACGGGU